GCCGUUUGGAUGUUUGGCGCGUACAGCUAACUAGCUAGGAAGGAGUGCUGACGAAACGGAGUAAAACAACACAGUAACAAGGGGGAAACAGGGUGCUGAACCACCAUGUUAGACGGUGGCCACUUUGUGGAGGCGCUGGGCCGUCUAGGUUAUCCUGAUGCAUCAUCACUGAAGGCCUCAGAGUUCGAUUGGCUGUUUGACUGUGCCCCGGAGAACCUUCACUUUUUGCGCUUUGUCUGUCGGACCCUCAACCGGAACAAUGUUCUCACUGUGGAGGAAGCACGUGCUUUUCAAGAAUUAAGGAAGUCCGGCAAACCAAUUCUGGAUGAAGCAGCCUUGGGCGAGGUCCUAAAAACCAUUGGCCCUUCAGAUGGUAGCAGUGGAAACAUCUUAGGGCCCUCUUCUUCAUCUUCAUCCUCUGGGUUUGCAGCAGAGGGUGAUGUGGCCAUAGAGGAUUUGGAGGCAGAGCUCCAGGCACUGCGUAAAGAGAAGGAGCUGAAGCAGCGACGCUAUAACAGGUUGCAGAUUGUGGCUACAUCCCGUGCAGAUGUUGACCUACGACUUGGUGCAGAGCUUGAGAGUGCUGCGUGUAAGCUAAAGGAGUGCAGUAGUUUUAUUGGAGCUGAGAAUGCUGAAACGAACACUCUGUUACAAAACCUAACAGAUGAGGUUAGCAAACUUGCUUCAUAUCUCCCUGCUCAGCCAGAAACCAAGCAAAAAGCAGCAGGAGAACCUAUGGCCCCAUCAAACCCCUCUGUUGCCAAAAGGCCCACUGUCCUCCUCUCUCAGCAGUCCUUGGAUCCCUACCUGCAUCAGGAGGAACUCAACACCAAAACACUUGCCACCUUCACUCAGAAGCAUUUCUUCCAGGGCAUCUCUGACAUUAUUGAGACGUCUUGCUCCGAGCGCUUCCAGGUCCUUGACCUCAGUUCUUGUGAAGAUGAAGAGGAGAAAGAGAUAGAGCAAGAGGGAAGAGAGAGGGAGGAGCGAGUGGUGGAGCGUAGGAGGACAGAGAUGGCCAGACUUCAGUGGUCUCAUGUUGUGACCCAACACCAACUGAUGCAGGCUAUGGCGGAGGAGAAGAGUGUCAAGGCUGGACUGGACUUUCUUUCGGAGAACUCAUCUCAUACCAAGAGCAUUUCCACCUCCUCGUCACUACAUGUGCGUGAAGUCGUGUCCAAGAAGGAGCUGCAGGCUGUGGAGGCUGAGCUGGAGGCUCUCCUCCAUGGACCGCUACCGGCUGCCCUUAGGGAGUCAGCCAGGCUGCUUAAUGUGCCAGUGGUGAGAGGAGACCUGGCUCUGCAACUGGCCAGGCAGGACUACUACACCUCCAGACAGGAUAAGGUUCGUGAUUACUUGCUCCGUCAGAAGGCGUCCUUUGACCUGGUCCUUUUGGCUCAGGAGAUGGAGUUGAGGAGGUGGAGGACGUGUCUGAAGAAGCUGGGAGAAGUAAACAACAGAAUGGUUAAGGAAGGUGAAGCAGUAGCCCUCAGGAUUGAGUCCUUGGCACACCCUGAUCUAUCUAUUAACCCCAGGCCCAAUCCAAUCAUCAGCUGCAAGGAUGCAGCCUUCAGCAGACUGCUCCAGAUCCUCGACCAUGAUUCAGACCAUGGCCGAUCAGAGCCUUUUCGGACAUAUGAAGCGUUGGACCAGGCUGCUUGUGACCUAGGAGGCAACCUCCAGGUGACCCGAGAUGCUCUAGCCGGUGCUGGCCGUGAACAGUACUACACAGCUGCUCGUCUUUAUGGUGACUGUGAGGCGCUCCACAGGGCCAUGUACACAGAGCUUCAGCAGCUGGUCUUAGGGCCGCAGGUACGUCCAACGGCCAUAACUGACCAGGAGCUGCUCUGCCCCAAUGCACAGGAGCUGACAGCAAAGCUUGUGGAAGCAGAGUCUCAGCUGCAGAGUUUGCAGCAUGUAAUGCAAGAAAUCAUGGGGGAGGUUAAAGCCAAGCGUUCUCAGCUGGAGCGCAAUGCCCUCCUCAGGCGAGAGAGACAAUUAUACAUCUAUUUUCACUUGGAUGCCCGCCUAUUGCAGAAAAUAGUGGAAGAUCUGGAGAGCAAAAUGGCAGCGAAGAGAGGGCAGUGAUACUCGAAGCUAGCAGAAUCGAUGGGGAGCUUUUACUGCUAGCUCAAACUCAGUGUGUAGUUUCUGUGCUGAGGGAGAAAGCUUGUGUAAUUAAAGCUCGAAGAGAUGCUGAUCUGUGAAGUACACUGUGUGCCUUCGGUGGAGGAUUACUGAUUAACCCCUGCUCUGCUACAAUGUGUGAAACCUACUCAGAAUUUGAAUCUUAACUUGGUUUGUGUAGGAGACGGAGAUCAAUCCCUUGAGUCCUCAUUGACGCAUCUUUGGGACAACACUCAACUUGGGAAAAAGUUUGGUUGUAUAAGAGCAGUGCUGUCUAUAUGGUGACUGGGAUUCAUUUGAGUGUGUAUAUUUCAAACAAAGAAUUUUACAUAAACUAACAGAAAAAUUUGGGAAUUCCGUAUCUUGUGAUGUUCUAAAAUUUCCUACUCCCUCUUUAUUUUAAGUCCUCUGAUAAAUAAAGUAAAAUGUUAUCUUUAUGUAAGUUUAUUUGUGAAUUUUUUUCCAUUUUAUUAUAACAAUAUACAUAUUUGUGGAAGGUUAGCAGCAUACUUGGUAUAGCUUUUUUUGGGAAUGGCCCUGUAUGUUUUUGCACAUUGUUUGAUGCACUUGUCAGUCGCCAAUUUAAACCAGGUCUUUGUGUAACUGAUCUGACUCUCCCUUUUUGUCCCUUUGUCCUGUGAGAUCCUCAGGUAGGGAGAAAGAGUAACAGACAUUCUGAUAGGGAGAAGAUGGAGCGGUCUAGCAGCAGGUUGUACUCAGGACCUCUGUCCCAACCGGCCCAGAAGAUUCUGGCUGUUCUUCGCUCCCAGAGGAACUACUCCCAUAAUAGCAGGCAAAGUCAGUCAGGGAACAAGUAGAGAAAAUCUUGCUUAAGCUUGUAGUUUAUUGUGACAAAACAGAAUUAUUUAAAGCCUCAAAUGAACUGGUUUCUUGUAAUAUGCUUAACUGAUGUUCACAAUAUUUGUUUUUUCAUUUCGAUGCGUGUCCGUAGUUCCUCAUCAUCAGACAUUUCAGCUCUUUUGUAAUUGAUAUUUUCUACUUUAUUCAAAUUAAUUCUUUGAUUGGCAUUUUUUAAACCAGUAGGAAACAAUGUUUUAGCCGAGUAAUAUUUGGGUUGAUGAUUGUAAAAUAUUGGUGGCAAUUGUUGCUCUGGGCUACUUUGUGUUUUCUGAGUUGUGGAGUUGUGUACUUUAUAAAUCACAACAACAUACUGUGCUGCUUGACAGAACCUAUGUAUUACAA